CUAACUCAGACGCGUCCUACUCAUCAUCCACCUCAAUUAACCCUCGCCAAUCCUCCAAAUCCCAUCCCCAAAACGAGUACCGAAUCACGUCGCUCGUCGUCCAGCAGCUUCAAGAACAGAAAACGAAGAGAAGAAAUGUCGCUGUGGGUUGAUAAACACCGGCCAAAGUCGCUCGACGCGCUUUCAUACCAUCCAGAGCUCUCGACGCGUCUUUCGUCACUGGCCGCCAGCGGGGACUUUCCUCACCUUUUAGUCUACGGCCCCUCCGGCGCCGGCAAAAAGACGCGCAUAGUAGCGACGCUGAAAGAGCUCUACGGGCCGGGGGUGAACAAGAUCAAGAUCGACUCGCGCGUGUUUGUGACGCCGAGCAACCGCAAGCUCGAGUUUAAUGUCGUGUCGAGCAUAUAUCACAUGGAGAUCACGCCGAGCGAUAUGGGGAAUAACGAUCGGAUUAUCAUCCAGGAGUUGUUGAAAGAGGUUGCGCAGACACAGCAGGUCGAUCUGUCUGCGAAGCAGCGGUUUAAAGUCGUCGUAAUCAAUGAAGCAGACUCACUCACCCGAGACGCCCAAGCAGCGCUCCGCAGGACAAUGGAGAAAUACUCCCCGAACCUCCGCCUGAUCCUCCUCGCAAACUCGACCUCAAACAUAAUCGCGCCCAUCCGCUCGCGCACCUUGCUCGUCCGCGUCGCGGCGCCGUCGUAUGACGAUAUCUCCAGCAUCCUUUUCGCUGUUGCGAAAAAGGAGCGCGUGGCGCUGCCGCCGGCGUUGGCGGAGCGGAUCGCGCUUGAGAGCGGGAGGAAUUUGCGGCGGGCGCUGUUGACUCUCGAAUCCCUCUAUGCACAAAACGACUCUCUCGCCCCAGACACCCAAAUCCCCACUCCAGACUGGGAAGUCGUCGUCACCUCGAUCGCAGACGACCUCAUCAAAGACCACAGCGCGCCCGCGCUGCUCAAGAUCCGCGCAAAGUUCUACGACCUGCUCGCGCACUGCAUACCCGCCGAUCUCGUGCUCAAGACGCUCGUGUUUAAAUUGCUGGCAAAGGUUGAUGCCGAGCUGAAGCCUGAGGUUGUUUAUUGGGCGGCGUUUUAUGAACAUCGUAUACAUAUGGGAAGUAAAGUGAUCUUCCACCUCGAAGCCUUCGCCGCCAAAUUCAUGCGCAUAUACGAAAUCUACCUCCAAGCAAUGAUGGACAACUAAUUCAAGCAAGAUACUAGAGAAAUUUAUAAUCUACAUCAAUUGAGAAAGAUAGAAUAAAAUAAAUAGAUCUAGCGGUAUACUACACAAACUAACCUUUCACUGCAUAAACUUCCCA